GCCAUCCCUGGGCAGGUGGUCCUGGGCGCUAAUAAGAAAGCAGGCUAAGUAAGCCAGUGAGCAGCACCCUCCAUGGCCUCCCCAUCGGUUCCUGCUUCCAGACUCCUGUCUUGAGUACCUGUCCAGACUUCCCUAGAUGAUGGGCUGUGAUAUGAAGUGUAAUCGAUAAAAGUCCUUUCCUCCCCAAGUUGCUAUUGGUCAUGAUGUUUUAACCCAGGACAACGUCUAAAUGGGGAAAAUAACCACGUUAAGUUAGUGAAGGAAGACCUUGCACCAGAAGUGCCUUGUGAACCCUAAAGCAUCCUUGUCCGUCCUUGGAGUCUAGCUUCAAGUUAGUAAGCCACGGUUCUGAGCAAUCCUCUGUGGUAUCUCGGAGAGGGUGCUCUCCAGUAUCCGGUCUUGCCAAAAGCCAGUGUCACCUGGGGCUCUUCAGUUGGCUCAGUUGCAGUUCUUCACAGAGGCAAAGCCGUCUCCCAGGGAGUUUCCUGUUAGCUGUGCACCCAGCUGCCCUCCCUAGGUGGGAGACUUUCUUAGCCCGCGGGCUUUAGGACUACUGGGGUGGCUGGACCCGGCCGCCUGACCCGCCGCGACACCGAAGCUCUGCACUGUUGCAGCGCCAUUGGCUGGAGGGGAGCCUGAGUGACAGCACCGUCAGCCAGUGGAAGGCAGCCCUGCCCAAGCAGCCCCUUCUAGAGCCAAUCAUGCUACGAUGGGACUUUAACUCUUUAAAGGAGAGUUCGCAGUGUGUGUGCCAAAGUUGGUAGUAAAAGUGCCACGUCUUCCUGGGAGGGUAGGUGGGAGUCCCGGACUUACCCGAAGCCGUCGUCGCUUUCGGCAUAUUUUUAACUCUAUGAAGUCGGGGACCCUUUCUCUGCCUUGGUAACAUGAGGUUUUUCUUGUGGAACGCGAUCUUGACACUGUGGGUCAUGGCUGUGAGUUCAGCUUUGAUUCCUGAGCCAGAAGUGAAAAUCGAAGUUCUCCAGAAGCCGUUCAUCUGCCAUCGCAAGACCAAGGGAGGGGACCUGAUGUUGGUCCACUACGAGGGCUAUUUAGAAAAGGACGGCUCUCUGUUUCACUCCACAAAGUCAGAACUCAUUGAUGGAGUAGGUGUGGUUAUAGAAGUCAUACGGGAAGGGUUUCCGGGUGCUUGGCAAGGCAGCAGCCACAAACAUAACAAUGGUCAGCCUAUCUGGUUCACCCUGGGCAUCCUGGAGGCUCUCAAAGGCUGGGACCAAGGCUUGAAGGGGAUGUGUGUGGGAGAGAAGAGAAAGCUCAUCAUUCCUCCUGCCUUGGGCUAUGGCAAAGAAGGAAAAGGCAAAAUCCCCCCAGAGAGCACACUGAUAUUCAACAUUGACCUUCUGGAGAUUCGAAAUGGCCCAAGGUCCCAUGAAUCAUUUCAAGAAAUGGACCUGAAUGACGACUGGAAACUCUCUAAACAUGAGGUUAAAGUGUACCUAAAGAAAGAGUUUGAGAAGCACGGUGCAGUAGUGAAUGAGAGUCACCAUGAUGCUUUGGUGGAGGAUAUUUUUGAUAAAGAAGAUGAAGACAAAGAUGGAUUUAUAUCUGCUAGAGAAUUUACAUAUGUGCAUGACGAAUUGUAGGGAUGGGCCUGCCAUUUUAUAUGCAUCCAUCUGGAAAGGGAAGACGGCGCCUUUAAAGAAAGUUGUAGUUUUUAAUAACAGCAUUCUGUUCUUGUUUUGUUUGCUUUUAGUUUUAUAUUAUUUUACGUUAUUUAAGAAGCCCCAUAGACUUUGUAAAUAUCUGUAUCUUUCUGGUAAGUUAUUGGGAAGAUACAGUCUCCUUUGAGUGCAAGAUUUCUGGUCCAUUUCCACAUUCACACAAAGCUUGUUUGCUUGCUUCCUUCUAAUGGUAACAUAUUGCAACGGGAAACAUGCCACAAAAUAAGAACAGGUUGUAGCAAAAAUCAGCUCCCUAUACUUCUGUCUUCUUCUGCUUCCUCUAAGUUAGAUUACUGACAUAUUUGAAAGCUUUUACAAUAGUCCAGGGCUUUCAUGUUAUAGUAAAGUAGUUUAUUUAUUUAUUUUUUUAAUCUGACUUUGAGUCUCUGCUUGAGGAAGCAUAUGGUGGGCCUCUUUCCUUCACAGUUAUGGCCUUGCUGUGGAGAUGUGCAAUGCUGGAUGAAUAAUGGAGGUAGCAACUCAUGGAUAGGUGUGCAUUGAAACAUUCUGCCAAGACUUCAUUGUGGCUAAUGGCCUGGUAAAAUAAAUCAGACAAAUAAUGUGUUGUUUCCUUGUAAACAAUGCUUCAAAACAUGGCAGAGAGUUGUAUUUAUAGUCAAUGUUUACUUUUAAGGUUACCAAUUAGCCUCCUGGUUCUUCAAUGAAUGAAGUUUACAGCUACUAAACUUUGCAAUAACACUGAAUCAUGAGAGAAGUUAGUAAACCAACUAGACUUUUCCCAUUUAUGACUCAUCAAAAAUGAGGUCAGCCUAUACCAACUAUUACCAAUGCUUAUCCUGGGUUUGAAAAUUGAUGUUUAUCUUUUUACUUCAAAUUGACUUCUAAAAAGGAUGACUAAUUCUGUUUUUAAAAUUGAUUGUAAUCAAAUUGGCUGUUAUGGUAAAUACUUAAAAUAGACUAUCCAGAUCUCCAUUUGUUAGUAAUAGUUUCUCAUAAUUUAUAAAAGUGGUCAAGUGCAUUGUUGUCAGGCUGUUGUGCUGACACCCAUGGGAAGCCGCUGCAUCUUAUAGUACCUCUUUAUGGAUGAGAGGUGCUGUUUGCAUGAGCCCAGUGCUGGUGGUUAAGCUGUAGAAGCAUCUUCAGGCCCUGAGUUCACUUUUCCACUUUUCCUGCUGAGGAAGAAGCAGCGAGUUUGGGAGGGUGUUCUCAUAGAAUACUUUUCACAUUUGCUCUGAAUUGCCUUAGUCACCCUCCCAGUGAGAAGGGUCAAAUAUAUGUCUUAGUUCACCCAUUCCUGUUGCUUGUAGAAAUUAGAUUACUUCACUAGUUAUGCAUUGACACUUUCCUCACCAAAACAGCUUAUCGGAAGAAUAUACUUUCAGGCCUGUUCCUGAAGACGUCAGGUAUAGUCCCGAGAGGACAGUGGUGUCUUGAAGCUGAUGCCACCAUCUGUGCUGGAGCAAGAAUCUUGAUUAUCCAAUUGUAUAGCUCUGCAUCAGUCCUCAGCUAAACAUUCCAACAAGUAUGAAAGAAAGACAAAUCUGUAAUCAUGGUUGUUUUAGCCAUCUGCCUUUUUGUAUAGCAAUAUCUUUGAACCCUCCCAUGAGCGGGAAUAAUCAAACACCCAACUGUGACUUCAUAUGUAUAUGAUUUGACUCAGAACUCUUCUAUGUGUCAUAUUUACAUUUCUAUGUCUAUUGUGAUAUUCUUUUUGAUAAUAAAGUUUAUUUGGGAAAUAA